AUGGCUCCACUCCUGAACAGCAUACUCACCGUGAUCAAGGUGUUCCAGAAAUAUGCUAAAGAGGACGGGGACUGUGCUCUGCUGUGCAAGAAGGAAUUGAAGCAGCUGCUCUUGGCUGAGUUUGGAAACAUCCUCCGGAGACCAAAUGACCCAGAGACUGUGGAAACCAUCCUGAACCUCUUGGAUAAAGACAGAAAUGGACAUGUUGAUUUUCGUGAAUAUCUCUUGCUGGUGUUCCAGUUGGUCCAAGCUUGCUAUAAUAAGGAAGAAAAUAAGGCAUGUGGAGAUAGAACCUCCCAGCAAGAAGGGGAGCAGGAGGGAACACAAGACCAUAGCUUUCCAGGAAAUACAGGCAGACAACAUAGGCAGAGGCAUGAGGAAGAAAGGCAGGACUCCCACCACCGUCAGUCUGAGAGACAAGAUAGGGACUCCCACUAUGGUCAGUCUGAGAAACAGAGUCAGGACUCCCACCAUGGUCAGUCUGAGAGGCAGGGUCAGGACUCCCACCAUGGCCAGUCUGAGAGGCAGGGUCAGGACUCCCACCAUGGUCAGUCUGAGAGACAGGGUCAGGACUCCCACCAUGGCCAGUCUGAGAGACAGGGUCAGGUCUCCCACCAUGGCCAGUCUGAGAGACAGGGUCAGGACUCCCACAAUGGCCAGUCUGAGAGACAGGGUCAGGACUCCCACCAUGGUCAGUCUGAGAGACAGGGUCAGGACUCCCACCAUGGCCAGUCUGAGAGACAGGGUCAGGACUCCCACCAUGGCCAGUCUGAGAGACGGGGUCAGGACUCCCACCAUGGCCAGUCUGAGAGACGGGGUCAGGACUCCCACCAUGGUCAGUCUGAGAGACGGGGUCAGGACUCCCACCAUGGUCAGUCUGAGAGACGGGGUCAGGACUCCCACCAUGGUCAGUCUGAGAGACAGGGUCAGGACUCCCACCAUGGUCAGUCUGAGAGGCGGGGCCAGCAUUCCCACUAUGGACAGGCAGACAGACAAGGCCAGAGUUCCCACUAUGGACAGGCAGACAGACAAGGCCAGAGUUCCCACUAUGGUCAGGCAGACAGACAAGGCCAGAGUUCUCACUAUGGUCAGGCAGACAGACAAGGCCAGAGUUCCCACUAUGGUCAGGCAGGCAAACAAGGCCAGAGUUCUCACUAUGGUCAGGCAGACAGACAAGGCCAGAGUUCCCACUAUGGUCAGGCAGGCAAACAAGGCCAGAGUUCUCACUAUGGACAGACAGACAGACAAGGCCAGAGUUCCCACUAUGGACAGGCAGACAGACAAGGCCAGAGUUCCCACUAUGGACAGGCAGACAGACAAGGCCAGAGUUCCCACUAUGGACAGGCAGACAGACAAGGCCAGAGUUCCCACUAUGAUCAGGCAGGCAGACAAGGCCAGAGUUCCCACUAUGGACAGACAGACAGACAAGGCCAGAGUUCCCACUAUGGUCAGGCAGACAGACAAGGCCAGAGUUCCCACUAUGGUCAGGCAGACAGACAAGGCCAGAGUUCCCACUAUGGUCAAGCAGACAGGCAAGGCCAGAGUUCUCACUAUGGUCAGGCAGACAGACAAGGCCAGAGUUCUCACUAUGGACAGACAGACAGACAAGACCAGAGUUCCCACUAUGGUCAGGCAGACAGACAAGGCCAGAGUUCCCACUAUGGUCAGGCAGACAGGCAAGGCCAGGGUUCCCACUAUGGUCAGGCAGACAGACAAGGCCAGAGUUCCCACUAUGGACAGGCAGACAGGCAAGGCUUGAGUUCUCAAUGCAGUCAGUCAGAACCUGGGGAAACUGGGCAAAAUAGGUGCUUCCAAGGGAAUGAGCGAACAAGCAGAGGCUCAUAUGUUGAGCAAUCAGGAAGUUCAGGAAGACCCAGUCAACAGACUCAAGGACAAAAAGUGAACCAAAAUCAGGGACAGAGAUUUCAGCCUAGGCUAGAGGAGCGGAACAGUCACCAGGCAUGGGAGCCUGAGGAGGAUUGCCAACACCACCAACACAAACUCGUAGCACAAAUUCAGCAAGAAAGGCCACACUCUCACAAAGGGAGUGAUAGGCAGGGUCACAGAGAGGCCCAGACCAAGGAGAGUCAUGGUGAGAGACAGAGCCACCAGGUAGAGGAAGAGAAGGGUCACCAAAUCAGGGGUAGACAUGGUCAUGAGGGUCAGGAAACUCCAUGUGAGACACGGGACAGGCAAACCCACGAAGAGGAACAAAGCCAUCAGACACGGGGCAGGAAAACCCAUGAAGAUGAGCAGAACCACCAGAGACAAGACAGGCAACCUCAUGAAGAAGAUCAAAACUGUCAGCAAACCCAUGAGAAGAAAGAGAAAUAUCAAGGGUCCCAGGAUCGACAAUCCCAUGGAACCCAACGAGGCAGUGCUAACAGAGAAAAAUUCCACAUGAAUGAGGAUGACCAGAGCCAAGGCUCCCAGGGAAGACACAGUGACCUGGCCUUCCAUCCAACCCAGAGCAGGGGGAGGCCCCAAAGAAGAGAAGAGGGUGGAAGUCACCCUACCAAGGCAGCGAUUGCUCCCAACCCUCUCUAUGACUAUCUACAAGAGCAGAGAGAGCAUUGGCACUAG